AUGCUCAAACUCGAGCUCGUGCCGGCCGCCGGUGACAAGCUCGUGCUCAAGCUCUCUCCUCCGCCGCCGCUUGCUGACAAGCAGGCGUCUCUGGCGGACAACACGGCCGUCGUCGACUCUGACGGAGGUAACGCCGUCGGCAUCCCCUCCGAGCCCGUCUCGCUCAAGGAUGGCAUCGACACCGGCACCGGCGGCACCUGCACCGCCAACACCGGCACUGGCAACGUCCCGUCCGAGGGCGAGCCCGCCGGCUCGCUCGCCGGCGUCCACUUUGCGGGCGUUUCGCUCGACGCCGUGCCCGAGGCGUUCACCGUCGACGAUCCGGCCGGCGCCAAGGCCGUCGGCAUCCCGCCCGAGAGCGAGCCCAGCCCGCUCAAGGACGGCAUUGACGCGAGCGGCGGCAACGUCGCGGGCGAGUCUUCGCCGAUGAAGUCCUUCGCGAAGGUCGGAGUCAUCUCCGAGUCGGUGUCGCCUUCGCUCCUCGGAGCGAAGGGCGACACUUGCGCCUGGACCGACACCGCGCCGGACGGGUACUCUUGGACCCGCAGGAGCGGCGGCACUCCAUCGUCUAGCACAGGCCCGAGCGGCGACCACACCACCGGCUCGGGCUACUACCUCUUCACCGAGGCAUCUGGAAUCUACGACACGCUGCACCAGCUCGAGAGCCCGCUCUUCUCGCUCCAGCAGGACGCCACCCUCUCCUUCUUCUACCACAUGUACGGCUCCAACAUGGGCACCCUCUCCAUCGAGGCCAACGGCACCGAGACGGGCUGGUCGACGCUCUGGGGCAGGACCGGCGACCAGGGCAAUAGCUGGCUCGAAGCGGUAGUGAUCCUACCCGCCUCGACGACGAAGGUGCGCUUCAACGGCCGGACGGGGCCGGGCUGGAGGUCGGACAUGGCGCUGGACGACGUCUCCUUCUCGCAGUUUACGCCUCCGUCCCCGCCGCCUCUCUCCCCCGGCUUCGAUGAGGAUUCGCAGCUGGAGCAGGUGCCAGAGGUGGAGCAGGGCGUUUUAUGUAAUGAGGCUUCCUCGUAA